AUGCCGGAAAGCAAUGCUGCUAACGAAGUCAUGCAGUCAGAUAAGCCAGACAAGUUUAUCAACAAAAUUGAUCCCGAUGAUCCAGAGUAUCAGAAAAGUUUGAUGCGCCCUGCUGCUAUAAAGGAAGAUGUUAACCUAAUGAUACAGCGCCAGCGAGUUUCCGGCAUAUUAAAGUCAGAUGCAUUUCGGCGAGAACUGGAGGAAGUUGUUCGUUCUCAGUGUCAAUCUGGUGACUAUCCUGGCAUGAGCACUAGUCUUUUGUCCUUACAACACAUAUCCGAUUUGUUCACUUCUGCUCCUUCUGGACAGCCUGUUAGCGGGGGUGGAUUUUCAAGAGGGCAUCGAAAUGGUGUUAUUCCGAUUAAUGACUUGCGCGGUGGGGACGCGACUGUGUAUUCCCGUCGUGAGCGUUCUCUUCGUUGCAAACUGGCCUCAGUUUAUCGCUUGAUAGAUCUCUUUGGGUGGAAUUCAAGUAUAUACAAUCACGUGACUGUGUGUGUUAGUCGCAAUCAUGAACAUUAUCUGGUGAAUCCUUUCGGAUUACUGUAUCAUGAGAUUACUGCUUCUUCUCUCAUCAAGGUCGAUUCUAAAGGCCAGAUACUUGAUCCAGGAUCUACUGUAUUAGGCGUAAACCAAAUGACCUGGGCUUUACACUCAGCAGUCCAUUCAGCUCGUGCUGACAUCCGAUGCAUUAUACAUUUGGAUACCCCCUCUACUGUUGCAAUAUCUUGUAUGAAAUCCGGAUUAUUGCCUCUUUGUAAUGAAGCAAUGAUUUUGGGCGAAGUGGCCUAUUAUACUCCCAGCGGUGGAUUAAGCUGCAGAAUCAGUACUGAUGCUAAUGGAGAUUUUAGUAAUAUUAAAGAUUGGGCAGCUGAAUGCGCAACAGUCAGUGAAGCUUUAGGUCCAACUGCUCGUAUUUUGUUCUUACGAAGUCUUGGAUUACUUGCCUUAGGCGAAACUAUCGAGGAGGCAUGGCAUUAUGCAACUAAUGCAAUAGUUGCAUGUGAUACUCAGCUCUUAUUGGCCUCAGUAGGUUCUGAAAACCUCAUUCUCCCUACAGACAAACUUAAGCAAAAAACUUAUGAAACAUGGCGCACAGCUGGAUUGGGCGGUCUUAGUGGUCCCGAAGCUGCACUAGCAAUGCGAUUAUCGUCACCUAGUAAAUCUGGUACCAAUGAAGCCGGACAACAUUCAGUGAUAAAUGGAUUCGUUUCAGACAGCUCAAACGUGGAAAGUAAUGUGGCCAGACCUUGGCGCUUAGGUGAGCUCGAAUUUGAAGCUAUGAUGCGUCAUUUGGAUAACGCUGGAUGCCGUACAGGUCAUCUUUAUCGACAGGAGGCUAUGGCAAGCCCACAUCGACCACGAAAAAGUAAAGCCGUAAAUGGACACUCUGGAGGUGGUAGUCAGGAGGAUGAAAUACAGGUUCCACCGUCUGCAUCGUCUGUAACUGCUACAAUGGCUUAUUAUUAUGAUGAUGGAGUUCUUUCUGGUGAUGAGACGGAAACACCUAGACCAUCAACUCUUAGACGUGAAUUUUCAGAGAAACAAUGGUUUAACACUCCGAACAAAUACACUAAAGAAGUGAUUGAACCUGCUCCAGGUCACCAACCAGUUUCUCAUUGGGUUUGUGAACGUGAAGCAGCUGUUCAUAAUGCUGUGUGCAAUGGUGCUCUACCUCCUCCAGCCCCAUUUCAUCCUUUAACUCAUGGAGCAGUACCACUAGGCUCAACCGGUGGACCGGCCACAGGGACAUCUUCAGUCAUGUCACCGUAUAAUGUAUUCGCUCCUCAAGGUUCUAAUCCAAAAGAAUAUCGCGAGCAGCAAAAGAAAGUCAAAGCAAAGUAUUACCAUGACACAAAUACUGCUGGACCUCAGUCUCGUCUGUUAGAUGGUCUCACAUGGGAUGAAGCUCGACGAGUUCGUGACGAAGGUUUAGUCAAAGUAUUGGGUCCAAGAGCUGCUGCUUUGGUAGCAGGUGGAGUUACUAGUGAAAUGCCUGUAGCCGCUGCCAGUAAAGCAAUUAUUCAGCGAGAUAUACGAAAUGCAGCAGUGAUAUAUGAUGGUCUUUAUUCGCAUCAAAAUCCAUUCGAGAAAAUUACUGAUGAAGAAUUGGAAAUGUAUCGACGUGAAAUUGAACUUAAAAACAAUCCUGAUUUAGUUACAGAAAUGGAUCGUCAUCAUCUUACCGGACAGAGUGCAUCUUUCGAAGCUCCUAGCAAUACAACACACCUUAUAGAUUCGUUAGCUGUCGAUAGCGGUGCUACGGAUCUAGAAAGUGCCAGUGAACUUGGUCCAGCGAUUCAUUCAUUAUCUGAAUUAUCUCCGUCUGUACAUGAUGCAAGAAUUGGAGAGAUUCGCCAUUCGGAAACGUACCCGAUUGACAGUCCAGCUACUGGUCGCUUAGCACCACCACCGACAACAGGGACACUGACAUCUGAACCAAGUGGACCUGAAGAUAUGAGUGAAAGUGAUGGUAAACAUAAAAAGAAAAAACGACGUUUCAAACUUCCUUCAUUCUCUCUAAAAUCCAAAGAUAAAUCAAAGAGUAAAUGA